CAGUAGUUGCCAGGAUAUAUUAUUGUAGUGUUUAUUUUUCUUCUAUUGUAAAUACGAGUAUAUUAUUUUCAAUAAAAUGUUAGAAGAGGUUAAACACGUUAUAUUAGUCCUGUCUGGAAAAGGUGGAGUAGGAAAAUCAACAGUGAGCACACAGUUAGCUUUAACUCUUAAAGAAAAAGGGUUUAAGGUUGGGUUACUUGAUAUUGAUUUAUGUGGGCCGAGUGUUCCAUAUCUGCUGAAUUUAGAAGAUCAAAACAUUCAUCAAGGCUCAGGGCAUUGGAUUCCGGUGUAUUUAGACAAUGAGAAAAGGUUAGCUGUUAUGUCUAUUGGUUUUCUUCUGAAGUCUCGUAAUGAUGCGGUAGUGUGGAGAGGACCUAAGAAAACAUCUAUGAUUAAACAGUUUUUGGAAGAUGUUUAUUGGCAGGAUUUGGAUUAUCUCAUAAUCGAUACUCCUCCAGGGACAUCCGAUGAACACAUCACAGUGAUGGAAAAUCUUCGUAAUGUGCCUCAAUGCUCAGCAAUAAUUGUGACAACUCCGCAACAAGUCGCUAUUGAGGAUGUCCGUAAGGAAAUAACAUUCUGUCGGAAAACUGGUAUACCAAUAAUGGGCCUUAUUGAAAAUAUGAGUGGAUAUGAAUGUCCGACAUGCAGUGAAUGUACAAAUAUAUUUUCAACGGGAGGAGGGAAAUCCCUAGCAGAGAUAUCAAAGAUAAAAUUCCUGGGAAGUAUACCCAUAGACCCAAGAAUCGGGGCAUUGGCUGGCAAAGGUGUUGCCGCUGUGAAGGAGUUACCAGAUUGUACUACAAGCAAAGUUUUUAAUGACUUAAUAAAUCAUUUACCUCAUACAACUGCUAAUGGUUCAUAAGGUGAAAUAAUUUCAACUGAGAACAGGAACUGAAUGUAAUCAAUUAGUUAUUAGGAUAAUUAGAUAUUUAAAAUUUUUAUUGUAAUAUAUUAUCUGUGAAAAAUUAAAUGCUAUAAAUAUAUUUUUGUUAUACAUCGAAGUUAAAACCAUAAAGAGUAUAUUAUUGUUUUAAGAUAGUUAUUUCUACCAUAUGUAACUAGUUGUCGCCAGCGGUUUCGCUCGUGUUUUAGGGGUUGGUCAUCAGCUUGGCAUGAAAAGCAUGGUCUAUGUUCUUCCUUGGAGUUCAAGCUUGCUUCAUACCUAAUUUCAACAGAUUCAGUUCAGUGGUCUCACCUUAAAAACAACGGACAAACAGUCACUUUCAUAACAUCUUAGUUUCCUAAGUCGGUCGCGCAUUUGCGAUAAAAGUAAUGGUUAAUAUUUCUUAAAGCGCCAAUUUCUAUAGGCAGUAGUGAGAACUAUAAUCGGGUGGUACAAAUAACAAACCACUACUAACACCACAAAAGAAAAAAAACAUUUAAUUUUAUCACAUUUAUUCAAAUUAAAACACAACAUUAAUAUAGAUUAUGAUUACAAAAAUACA